UCAGGAGUCCUGGCGCUUCCAUUCGCAUCCAUGGCGUCGGCGGCGAUGGUCAUGAGCUGUGAGAUGGGUGAGCCGAUUGUCGCCGGUGGCACCGUUAAUGUCACCGUCACUGGUCUAGAGCAGAAGAAGUUCGAAUACUUCUCCUCUAUCAGCCCCAUGGCCCGACGAAUCAUGCUGGAGAGGCAGAAAAUCCGCGAGAAGUACGGGCCGCGUUGGGACAGUUUGGAGCCCAGAGAGCAGGAGGAGAUCAUCGACAACUGGAUGGUGGAUCCCCAGAUCCGCAGCCGGUACAAUUUGCACCGCAGCCAGAGAGAGGAGACGGUCUGCUAUCCCAGGCUGCAGCUCCAAACCGGCCAGAAGGUUGUGCAUUUUGGAGAGGAGGAUAUUACAUGGCAAGAUGAGCACUCCGCUCCGUUCUCUUGGGAAACUAAGAGUCAGAUGGAAUUCAAUUUUGCAUCCAUUGUUGCUUCUGAACAAGGAGUUACUGUACAAAGUGAACAACGGCAACCUGUCAAAACAUCCCAAGGAAAUCACCAACUUAAAACACCCCAAGGAGGGCUGCCAACCAAACCACUACAAAAUGGAAAGACACCAAGCAUAGAUGGUCUUACACAAGUCAGAAAAGAAGAGUCAUCCUCCUUCUGGAAACUGAGUAAUGAAAGAUCCAGGCUGGAGGGCGAACAGUCUGAUUAUCAGUAUGUAACCCCAAGUCAGAUUAAGUCAAUGGAGAAAGGGGAAAAGCCACUUGCUUCCUACUUAAGACAAGAAUCAUUAUCUAAGGAUAAAGAUGAAAAUAAAGCUGAGAAACCUAGGGUGAAGAAGCAGGAACGAAUAAUCAACACCAACGUCUCAUCAGUGUUUAUUGACUUGGAUAGGCCACGGACAAACCAGCCUUCAGUCAGUGUAUGUGAUGAUAUUUCCACUCAUGGCCAUACUGAGAAAUCUCCAGAUAAAAAGACUGUUUCAAAGGAAUCUGUAGAUGAAGAGCGAGAUGACUCCUGUGCAUCUGAUGCACCAUUGUUCUCACAGAUUAAUACAAGUAGUUCUAUUCUAAAGACUGGAUUUGAUUUCCUGGAUAACUGGUAAUUGCUUCUCCUUCCUUCACAACUUCUCUCAAGCCAAACAAACCCUACCAUUUUGGCUUAUGAUUAUGAAAGUGAUACUUCCAUUUUAAAUUCGGUAGUUGAAGUGGAUGGAAAUGAAAAUACUGCUCCGAACCCUCAACAGUCGACCAUUUAAAAUAACAUCACAGAUUUGUACAUUGUUGCCCUUAGGAGUACGUAUGAAAUGUGUGCAUUUGCUUAUGUAUAAAAUCAUUUACUGCAUGCGACACACUAGAAUUGCUCAUCUUUUAAAAAUGCUUCAUCGUGAAAUUCAAAUGUACAUGGAUCCAGGCUUCCCACUGAACCAUUUUUUAUGGUCCCCUUCUGGAAAUUAUAUUACAAGAACAUUUGGUGAGGAUGGGUUGUCUUAAUCGACAUUUUGAAGAUCAUCAACUUUUUAAUUGUCAGAAGGAAAUUAAACAUAUGGAUUGUCUACUUAAAUAUGCAAGCCCAGAAGCUAAAGCAAGUAUGUAGCAGUAAAGUUUUCUUCCAAAGGUUGUUCCAGAUAAGUUUUUAAAACUUCAACUACUAAGUGUGCAUGUAUAUCUUAUAAAUGAAAAAAAAAAUCCAAAUAACCCUUUAAGGAUUCCAAAGUAUGUAUAUUUAUGUAUCCAUGGUGCUUAGAAGUGAAUUAGUGGCAAGAUUCCUGCACAAGGAAUGUCUACCAAAAGUAGGCAAUAACUACAUUUGCGAAAUUUGCUAUAGAAAAGUAGUAACAUAGCCCUACUUAUGUAUUUUACAAAGGUAAUCUUGGCUCAUUCAGCUGAAUGCCAUAAAUUGUUCUGUUAUUCAAUGUUAAUUGGAUAUUAAUUCAUUCAAGUUGAAAAUUGGAGCCAUUGUUUAAAUGCCCAUAUUGAUAACAAAGUAACACUUGUAUUAAUUUCAGAAAUAAAAAACAUGAAUAUAUUAUAAA